AUGAACGAUCCGCUUACAUCCAAAUUCAAUUACGAGGAAGACUUUAAAUACGAUAACAGCAACGACGACUCGGAGGAAUUCGUUUAUGAAAAUGCAGAUGCAGAUAAUCUCGUUGAGCCCACCAGAGAAGUCAGCGAGCAACUCGAGAACACAUUGCAGCUCAAUACAGGCAAGGAGAAAGACAAAGAAAACUCGCAAGAUGUCAGUGAUGAGUAUUUAUCACGUCUAUUCAAAGCAGCUUCCUCCGGCGAUCUAGAUACUCUCGAAUUUCUCCAACCCUCAUUCGCGCAUUCAAAUGAGACUAAUAAAAGAAGCGGAAUCACUCCUCUUCAUGCUGCUUCUAGUAAUGGACACUUGGAUGUCGUCAAGUACCUCAUUCAAGACGCUGGUGCGAUGCUCGAGUUGGAAGACAGGGAAGGUGAAACCGCGCUGUUGAGAGCCUCUCACAAACCAGCCAACCUUCCGACUGUCGCUUAUCUUCUUGGUGCUGGCGCCAAUGUCGCACACGUUGACAGCGACGGUUGGAAUGCCCUACAUAACGCCUCUGCUAAUGGAUCUGAAGAUGCCGUCAGAAUUAUACUUAACAACGCUGACAAGGAUAUCAUUGAUAGCGUCGGCGGUAUGCAAGGUGGUCCUGGAUAUACUCCUCUAAUGAAUGCAGCAAGCAGAGGUCAUCUCCACGUUGUCAUUUUCCUUCUCACUGAGGCGAGCGCACCUGCAGAUCCUUUCAUUCGCAACAAAUCUGGUGCUACUGCCUACUCACUAGCAGCUGAGAGCUUGAAUUUUGAUAUCUGCGAGUUCAUUCUCGAGUCUGAGAAGGGGCUCGUAAAGGAUCCUGCUUCUUAUAACCCUCUCAAAUACCAUCAGUCAGCACCUAUCGCCAUCCUCGAAAACCAGCGCUUGGAUUGUCGUAUGUCAACGCUGGCGAAAACAGGCGGUAUUCCGCGUUGGUCCAACUCGGGCUUAGGACAGGGCGGUAGAAGACCUAAGUGGGAGCUACUAGAUGGUCGUCCAAUAGAUGCUACAGAUCCUUUCAACGAUGUACAGAUACCUUCAAUCGGCAAACCGUUCACACUCAACCUGACAACGGUAUCAGGAAAGCCAUCAAGCAAUCGUGGCGCGUAUCACUGGACUACUGAUGACUGGCUAGUAUGGAGAUCAGCCGGUAAAGAAGAUGGCGAGGGAUGGAUGUAUGCACACGACUUUAGUGCUAAUGGCCUUCAAUGGAAGGGGAACAAAAACAAGGAAAUCGAGAAUCUCGAAAAGGGUACCGGAUUAAGCUCUAUCAAGGCUACACAGAUGUUUGGUGGUAGAUCCGGUAAGAGUGGUAGCAAGACAACAUCCUCAGACAAUGUAGACAAGAACUACUGGGUGAGGAGGCGAAGAUGGGUGCGAGUGCUUCAAAGAGAUCCAACCUUGACACUUGCAUACACAACCCCGGAACUCAAAACACCAAAGGCAAGACCAAGUGGAAUGGCCGAUGUAGCAUUGAAGGAUAUACCACCAGCACACAGCAACACAAACGACAGUAAAAGCAAACUUAGUGCUAAAAGCACUCCGUUCAAUCCAGCCAAUGCAAUGAGUAUGUCUACACCCUCACUGCCAGCAGCGACGACCAACUUCAGCGCACGAUUCCCCAAGGCAUGA